GUGUUUUUCGAUCUGGAUAAUACCCUCAUCGAGACUAGAAAGGGCGACAAUCAAACAUGUCGAAAGGAUCGUACGAAAAUAGAACCUUCUGUGUAAUACGAGCUGACUCCCUGAUAUAGUGCUUUCUCUCGAAUGGUUAUUUUCGACCGAUCCUACUGCACACUCCAGACGCUCAACAGAACGUAGAAAAAGCGUGUAAGCGCGUUACCGAAGAUAUUCACGCUCUUGAGAUACGAGUUAAUUGUACAAUUGUAUUCAUGUGGAAAAGGUUAUGUUAGAACCAUGUGUAUAUUCGUUUUCCAAUAAAAUCCUAUAAAAUGUGGUUAUUCUAAACGAUUUUUCAUAUUGUUCUUUUUAAUACGAAAUUUAACAUAAAAAAUUAAUAUAUUUCUUCAAAUAAAAAGAAAUUAAAAAAAAACGUUACUGACUUCAUAUCGCUAAUAAUUCAUAUUUGAAUGUUAAUGUACACGCAUUUAUGGAAUUGACAUUUGUGGUAGUACAGCUUUAUUUCUGUCUGACUAAGUGAAUGUGUCAAAGGGCAAGGCUAGUUUUAAGGCGUUUGAUCUGGGAGUAAUGCCAGUUGGCUUUUAGCUGUGACAUGUGAAAGAUAUAAAUCUCAGUGAAUUUUAAAUGCUAUUUAAGUAAAUAUCAAUAUUCUAAAAUUGUUUGUGAAUUGCAUUUGGAAGAUUAUUAUUGUAUAAUAAAGAAUAAAAUUAGGAAAAUAUUUUGAGAAUAUAAGGAAAAUAGGUAUUUUCUUUUUGUCAAAUUGUUACAAAAUAAACUCCAAUCAUGAGUAUUUCAAAGAAUGUAAAGAAAUAUGAAACUAUUUUAAAGUCUGUUGAAACUGAUUCGGAAAAAUUUGCUGCAUUGUUUAUGAUUACAAAAUUAGUGGAUAGUAAAGAUUGUACAGCAGCAGAGAAGAAAGUAUUAUUUGAAGCUAUUGGAACAAAAUUUUUAACAAAGUUAUUAUCUACACAAGUAGUUCCUGUGGAUUGUCCUCCACAAGUAUACAAGUCUGUAGCAUUAUCUAUACUUUCUGCAUUUUGUGGAGAACCAGAAUUAGCUUCUCAUCCUGACAUGAUUACUCAUAUACCUGCAUUACUUGAAAUUGUAUCACAAGCUGAUGAAGAUGCAGAUGAUAACAUGUUAAUUAUUGUUAGUGAAGCAUAUACAUGUUUGCAACACAUUGCACAAUAUCUUCCUGGACAACAAGUUUUAUUUGAACAGAAAGCAAUUACAAAAAUGUGUGAUAUUUAUGCAGAGAAAAGCUUUCAGACGGAUCAAGCUUUGAACAUUUUAGUUACUUUAGUUCAGAAAUUUGGUCCAGAAGCAUGGGAUGCAACAGAUUCCACGCCUUUCCAUGUUAUUAUAAACAAAAUUGCAUUAGAUUUUGAAACGGAUCACACAGAAAGAAAAUUUCAAUUAUGUACAAUUUUACAAGCUUUAUUAAUGUCUUGUAGAAAAAACAUAAUUAGUGAAACUGCUAAAGAAGAAUCUUGGCCAUCUAGCAUUCACAAGGCUUUGUCUGAUAUUCUUGGAUCAAAGAUAGGUAAAAACCAACGUGAUCCAGCAUUAAAACUUGUUUCUGUCAUGCUAGAUUUACUGGGAGCUGAAUGGGCUUUAUUAGAUAAAGAGAAACCAAAAGUAUUUUUGUUAUUAUUGAUUCAAUUAGCAUCUAUAGAAGUUAGAAUGCAGAUGGAAGGAAAACAACUAAAAACUAUAAUGGCAAAUGCAGAUUUGGUUACGUCUUGCUUUAUCAUUAUUGAAAUUUCUCUUGGAUAUAUUACUAAUGAUCAAUUGGACUUAGACCAGAAAGAAAAACAGUCAUUGUAUACUGUUUUAAAAGGAGCUUUUGCUGCAAUUAUUGGUUUACUUACUGCAGUAUCUAAGAUGAAAGAAAUAACAGAUGUUAAAGAAAAAAUAUUUAUUUGUGCUGUGAUAAGAGUAUUAGCAGCAUGGCUUACUCAGGAAACAACAGCUAUGCGUUCUCAAGUUUAUACAGUCUUACCAUAUGUAUUAACAAUAGCCAAUGACACAUUUUAUGCGCACAGAAAUAGAAAAUUGUCAGAGAAGGCUAAAGCAAAUGCUAAAAUUAAAAGUGAUGAAGCAACAUCAUCUGGAGAAUUAGUUACUCAUGAUCCUUUAAGUGAAAUUGACUUGUUGAGACUUCUGUUGCCAGCAUUAUGUUAUUUAGCUAUAGAAGAAGAUGCUCGAAAGAUUUUAAUUAAACAUAAACAAGAAGAAAUCUUGUUUGAAUGUUUAUCUUAUCAUUGGACAAUUGUACACCAUAAAAAGCCACCAAUACCAAAAGCAGAAAGAUUAAAAGCAUUAAAAGAACCAGAAAAAGAAGAAGAUUUAGACCUUCACGUAUCAGAGGCAAUCAAAGAUUCAAGGACAGCCAUGGUUUCUGUGUGUAAUGUUUUAAUGAAUAUUACUGUAUUAGAGGCAAAAUUAGUGGAGGAAUCACCAACAUUUAUUUCUUUAUUGAAAUUUAUUUUCAAUAAUCUCCCAGAACUUAAACAAAUUCCAGAAAAUCUAGUCUUGCAUGGUCAUCUUGCAGUACUGGGAUUACUAUUAUUAAAACAACAGGCAGCACGUGUCAAGAAAAAUGAUUUUUCUAUAUGUCGAUACAUUCAGGCUACCAUAAGAUUUUUGUGGGAUGCAUAUAUAAUUGAUGAAAGCAAUGAUCCCACUGAACUUGUUGUUGCCAUGUCGUAUAAAGAACGGUGGAUGGAACUUAUGGAAUUAUGGUUUCUUGGAAUGCAAACAAUGGCUGGAGUGUUACAAGUUAUACCUUGGCUUUCACAGUUUACUCUUGAAUCUGGUUGGGCAGAAGAAAUUAUUGAAAUUCUCAAGAAAAUAAAGAUAGGAAGUCUUCAGCCAAAUGUAAAAUUUGCUUUUGAAGAUCUGUUGUGUCAUUUAGUUAAAGCAGAUGAAAAUGCUGCUUCUGUUUUGAAGAAACAUGGAGCUUUAACAGUAUGCAGAAAUCAUCGUAUGAUGGAACUUGGAAAACAUCUUUUUGGAGACUAAAAACAGUUUAAAAAAUUUAUAUCAAUAUUCUAUUGUUAUAUUUAAAUGAAAAUAUUAUAUAUCUGCAUAUUGAUAAAAUAGCUAAAAUAUUUAAUCUAUUCUUUUUAGUUCUUAUUAAUCUAUUCUUAUGUUGUUAAGUAAUAAGUUUAUUUGUGUAUAUGUUUUUUUUACAUUAUACUAUACUGCAUGUUAAAGAAAUUAUUAAUAAUUGUCAUCUCAUCAAAAUAACACUUACAUAUAUCCUAGUGAUUCAUUUCAGCUAAAAUUUUAUAAACCUGUAUACAAUCAUAUAUCAUAUAAAAGUAGGAUAGAAAUCUGAAAAUAGUUUCCUGGCAUGCAAAAGAGUUGUCAAAUAUUUCUAUAAGUUAAACAGAUUUAAUUUAUAGAAAUAAAAGAUAAACUUAAAUAUUGAAAUAUAUAUUAAAGGAGAAACUAUUUUUACAUUUUAUAUUAACUCGUAAUGUUAAAAAAUUUAUAUAAGUUUGAUAAUACUUGAAAUUAAUACAGUUUGUGAAUGUAUAUAUUUUAAAAAGUGUUUGUGUAUAAUGAAUAUCCUUGUAAAAUAAUAAAUGGUCUUUUUAUUAAAAGAAAA